AGCAAAGCAAAGCAAAGCAUAGCAUAGCAUAGCAUAGCCACAUCACAUACAUAUCGACCAAGGCAUGGGAUAUUGAAAUUUAUCACUCCUUUUCCACUGAUUCCCAUGGUUCUUUUCUUUUUUUUCCCACUUCCUGCACUUCACUUCACCCCACUGCGUAAACAUGGUUCUUCCUACGAAAUCCAUGCUAUUCGUUCGAAUUGCAAAUCGCAUUCGUUUCUUUUUCUUUUCCUCAUGUUGACCGCAAAAGUUUCUCGUCGUUUGUUGCGACUUGAACCAUCGCAUUCAUCAAAUCCUAUCUCAUUAUGUCGGCCAUUAACUUCUACAAAAUUAAUCAAUAGCCAUCCCACAUCUUACAACAUCAGAUCACAAACGAGAAGUAUUUUCGGAUCGUCGAAAAAGGAAUCGCAAUCCAAUAUGUCUUCGCACUCUCAAUAUUCAAGACCUUUGGUGGGGGUGACAUCCACGAUAAUGGCUCUAGGCCUUUUUUAUAUUCUCUACCAAAAUGAUUAUCUUGUCAUACAACCUUUACCUGCUACACGACUCCGCCCCAAGAAAUCCCCAACAAAAGAAGAAGAAGAAGCAGAAGCUCGCGCCGAGCGAGAAGCUAUCAGGAAUGCAAAAGAACUUUCAGUAUUACCAUUUCAAGAAGAUGCUGCAGCGGGGGAUGGUUCGGCAUGGGGAAGCUUUAUUGGCAGAUUCAACAAUUUCUCUAUCAUGUCUGAUGGGAAAUGGAAAAAUAUCUCAGAAACGGUCGCUGGUUAUUCCGAUUUUAUAAUGCCGGAAUGGGCCAAACUUUUACCUGGAUAUAUUGAGAAACUGAGAAGAGAAUUGAACAUGGCACCCGGUUCUUUGGCAGAUGAGAUAUGGAAAGAAGCUCAGGAUCCAGAUAUCAAUCCUGAAAUCGAACAUUCUGCUUCAGUACGAGUUUCGGAUGAUAUUUGUGAUGAGGAAAAGAUGUUUUUACAAAAGAGAAAACAUGCGACGAAAAGAGCUCUGGCGAAAUAUCUUGGUCUUCCCGAGGAAUCCAUCCAUCCUGAUGAUGUUCCAUGUAUUGCUAUGGUAGGAUCUGGAGGCGGUUUACGAGCUUUGGUGGCUGGUACAGGUUCGAUGUUGGCGGCUGGUGAAGAUGGUCUAUUUGAUUGUGUGACUUAUACCGCAGGUGUUAGCGGUAGUUGUUGGCUACAAUCUCUAUUUCAUUCAUCCCUUAGUGAGCGACGCCUUGAUAAAUUGGUCGAUCAUUUGAAAGCUCGAAUUGGUGUUCACAUUGCCUAUCCUGUGGAUGCAUUAUCCGCUCUAAACUCUGCGCCCACCAAUAAAUUUCUUCUGAGUGGAUUCGUUGAAAAGCUCAAAGGAGAUCGUAAUGCCGAUUUUGGUUUGGUGGAUGUGUAUGGAUUACUACUGGCCGCGAGAUUACUUGUACCAAAAGGCGAGCUAGGUGUUGAUGAUCGAGAUCUCAAGAUAUCGAAUCAACGAGAUUAUAUAAAAAAUGGAGAGAAUCCAAUGCCUAUAUAUACAGCAGUGCGUCAUGAGAUACCUAUAAUGGAGGAGUUAAGUGAGGAAGAGAGGCAGACGGGAACGGCUACCGAGGCCACGAAAGAGAAAGCGAUCAGAGAGGCAUGGUUUGAAUGGUUUGAGAUAACUCCUUAUGAAAUGUUUUGUGAGGAAUUUGGGGCGGGAAUUCCAACAUGGGCCCUUGGUCGAAAAUUCGAAGGUGGAAAAGAUAUACCCGAUGAGGAAACAGGAUUGCGAACUCCAGAACUUCGAUUACCAUUGCUUCUUGGGAUUUUUGGAAGUGCUUUCUGCGCUACUUUGAGCCACUAUUACAGAGAGGUUCGACCUUUGAUGAAGGGAUUGAUGGGAUUUGGAAGUAUUGAUGAUAUGAUUGAAGGACGAAAUGAAGAUUUAAGCAAAGUUCAUCCCAUCGAUCCAGCUAGUAUUCCCAACUUCGCAUACAAAAUGGAAGGAAAACUCGCGGAUACUGCUCCAGAAAGUAUUUAUCAAAGUACGCAUCUUAAGUUAAUGGAUGCGGGCAUGUCUAAUAAUCUACCCAUCUAUCCACUACUUCGACCAGGAAGAGAAGUGGACGUGUUGAUUGCAUUUGAUGCAAGUGCGGAUGUCAAAACCGAUAAUUGGUUAUCGGUAGUUGAUGGAUAUGCAAGACAGCGUGGCAUAAAAGGUUGGCCGAUUGGCGUUGGCUGGCCAAGACCAAGCGACACAGCAGCGAAAACAGAAGAACAAUUAGAAGAAGCUCAAGCCAGGACCACCUCAGAAGCAGAAGCCAAACUUGAAGAAGCACAAGAGGAACAAAUCACACAUUUGGAAAAUAUGACUUCACGCGAGCAAAAUUCAAAGAGCACAGACGCAGAAGGUAGUGGUGAUUUGGGUUAUUGUACAGUUUGGGUGGGUACCACGGAAGAACGUAAAGAAACAGAUGAACCACCAUUAUCUAAAGCGGUGAAGGAAGAAUGGCAAUUAAUGGAACCGGAUGCAGGUAUCGCAGUAGUUUAUUUACCAUUUCUUGCAAAUCCCAAGGUAGAGGGUGUUGAUCCGGCUAUCAGCGAGUAUAUGAGUACGUGGAAUUUUGUAUAUACUCCGGAUGAUAUAGAUAAUGUGGUGAAAUUAGCAAAAGCGAAUUUCGAAGAGGGAAAAGAACAAGUUAGAGGGACGAUACGAGCGGUUUAUGAGAGAAAGAAGAGAAUUAGAGAGGGAAGGGAAGCGAGGGAACGAGAAGAGAGAUUUAAAAGGAAAAUGAGAUUAGGAACUGUUGGGAAGAAGGGGGAAGGAGAUCAUUUUUAUUUGACUUGAGAGGGGAAAUUGAGAUUGAGUAUCGUAGAUGAAUUGAUAGAAUGU